UAUUAUUAUUAUUAUUUUUAUAAUAAUUUUUGGGUGCUCUUCAAGCUAUAAAAUGGUUUGCUGUAAUGUUAGAAUAGUAUUGGAAAGCCAAAAAAUGGAUGGAGUGUUGUUCUAAUUUUAUCUUUCUGAAUAUGGUUUGUUGGGCGAAGUGUGUGAUCAUAUAUUUUGGCCAGUUAUCAAUUGACAUUUGUUUCAUAGUAUUUGGGUGUAUUUUCUUGUGAUUGAUUGACAAGAUUCAGGUUGGAUUGGAUUGUAUACGUACAUGCACAUAUAUGUUCACUUUUUAUAAAGAUGAAGAACAAUUCAUUUUUACCAUAUCUUUUGAUGCUUGCUUGAUAGGUUAUUUACUAUAAUAACUAGUUUGGUGUUGGAAGAAACAUAAAAAGAGAAAAUAAUUCUCAAAUUUGCUCAAAAAAUUCUCUUUGGUGUAUUUUUCUUUCUGACAUCCAAAUAGAGGGUUGGGUUCUAUGGAUUUAUUUUAAACUGGAGUAACUGAGUGUUAAUGUUGAGAUCAAGAGACAUAUUUCAGAGUUAUUGGCUCUGGAAAAUACAUGGAAGUGGCUAUAUAUGUAUUCUAAAUCAUGUACAGUGGAUGAUUCAUAAAUCUGGGUGGUCCGUAUCCGUAUGUGGUAGUCUAAUAGUCUACCAACUAUGGCCAUGAUUUCAUAUUUGGAAUGCUCAUCAAUAAAAUAAAAAGUAAAUUAUGAGUCUGUUUGGAUACCACUUAUUUUGCUGAAAACACUAUAGCAAAAUAAUUUUUAAAAGGCAAAAUACUGUUGCUGCAUUUUACUAAAGUUGGCUGGUCUGUGAACAGUGCCAUGGGACCAGCCAAAAAAAACGCAAAACGCACAAACAUUUGUUGGCAAACGCAUGCUAUAUGUUAGUAAAUGAAGAAAUGAAUUAGCAGCUCAGAUUGCUGGUUCAGUGGAGAAUAUUAAAAGUUGGCAUUUGAGCUUGCAGUACGAGAUAUAGAUAUUCAUACUAAGAUUUGGGAACUUAAGACCAUCAUUGUGAUAUCCUGGAUUGUAUGAAUUUGGAUUGUGAAGGCUUACACAUGUUUAUGUUGAGUCUCACAUCGGGUGCAUACUAUUACUAGGUUGAUAUGGGUUAUAUAAGCAAUUGUGGGGAACCCUAAUUUUGACUAAUCCUCUUGGAGUAAUGCACAUAUGUGGCUAACAUGUCCUCAACUGAUGACAAAUAACUAAUUUUCAUUAAAUAUGAAUAUAGCUACAAGAGAUUCAUAUGAAAGUUUGUGUUAAAGUAAGUUCCUCAUUAAUCAUUGCUCAACAUAGGGUAGUGCUGUCAAAUUGUAAUGUUGGUGAAUUGUUUUCAAACAAAUUUCUCAACUCGUAAAUGAACAUAUCCAAAGUUAAUGCAAUAGCAUUAUUGGUUGUACACCUUUCUGAAUGGGUAGAAAAGCUGUGGAGCUAAAUUCUCUUGAAGAUAAAACCAUCCUCUGUCCUUACAAUAAGCUGUGUGCUUCAACAAAUGUGUUCUUUGACAAAGAGUCUCCUGUGUCUCUAGGUCAUUCUGUUGGCUUGCAAAUUCAUGAUUAUCCACCCAUUGAGUUAGGUUUAAUCUAUAUGCAGAUCUAAUAGGAGUUGCAAGAGCCUUCCUGUUUUAGUCUGGGCUAAUUCCCUUUAUGGACCCAGUAAAGGGGACAUGCCUCUUUGGUGUAGUAUGGACUUUGACUUUUAACUUGAAGUUUUCUACUAGCUAUUUUUUAAAAAGGUCAAUAGGAAUGUCUGUAAGUCAGUAAGUGUCUCAUUGAAUAUAUUUGGAAGAUAAAAAUAAUCUUUAUGUCCAAGCAAACAGAGAAUAGCAGAGAGUUGUGUACUAAACUAUUUUUUAUUUCUCAAUAUUUACUUAAUUGCAUUUGAUUGACACAUAUAAUCAACAAAUAUGAUAGGUCUCCUAAAAUAUAGUUCUUUCCUUUAACAACAUGGCACUCAUCAGCUGAAUUGAUAAAGAAAUGCAUUCAGGCACAUCUCAGCCCUGGCCUUCUCUGAAGUCUUUGUCCAAAAAAGUAGGAAGCAUGCUUUGCCGUGGUAGUUCAACAAGCAAGUAUAAGAGGUUGGAUGCAAAGCUUGAAAAGAAAAUGGUUGAGGCAAAGAGAGGUUCAUCAGGAUAUCAAAAUUUCAAGUCAAUUAACAGUAUAAUUUUGAAAUUCCCUCAGUUCAGAGAGGGAUUGAAAAACAUAGGAUCUGUAUUUGAGCAGUAUGAUGAGGACUCUAAUGGAACUAUUGACCGAGAGGAACUAAAGAAAUGCUUACAGAAAUUGCAACUCCAUCUGACAGAGGAGGAGGUUGAGGAUCUUUUCCAUUCAUGUGACAUUGAUGGCAGUGAAGGGAUACAAUUCAAUGAGUUUAUUGUCCUUCUCUGUCUUAUCUAUCUCCUGAAGGAGCCUUCUUCCAAUCAUACUACUUCAAGGUUGGGUUCACCACAGCUUGAAGCGACUUUUGAUACCAUAAUUGAAGUAUUCAUGUUUCUCGAUAAAAAUGGUAAUGGAAAGCUGAAUAAGAAAGACAUGGUCAAGGCCUUGAAUGAGACAUCUCCUUGGGAGAAAUCCCCUUCACACAUCACCAAGAGCCGAUUCAAAGAAAUGGACUGGGACAAAAAUGGGAAGGUCAGUUUCAGAGAGUUUCUCUUUGCUUUCAUCAAUUGGGUUGGAAUUGACAUGGAUGAGGAUAUGCCUCUGACAGGAACUUAAAGAAAUAGACGGCUGUGUAGAAAUUAACAUGAUGUGAAGACUUGAUGAGGUCAGGUUGAUCAAUAUGUGUAUAUAUCUAAAGCAUUUCAGAUAUGUAAAAACUUGAGUGCAAAAAAAGAUGUAAAAAAAAGAUGUUUUCUCUAGUUUGUCUAUUUAUGGCUUCUUUUGAAAUCUUAGAA